AUGGCAUCCUUAGCACGCAUUCUGUCGAGACAAAUCCACCUAUCAGCUCGCCGACAUGCAUUGUCUAAGUUCAGCAUGCCUGCAAUGAGCCCGACAAUGACAGAAGGUGGUAUAACGCAAUGGAAGAAGCAGGAGGGAGAGUCUUUUAGCGCCGGGGAUGUCAUUCUCGAGAUUGAAACCGAUAAAGCCACUAUUGAUGUCGAGGCCCAAGAUGAUGGUGUGCUUGCCAAAAUCAUUUCCAGUGACGGAACAAAAAACAUCAGAGUCGGCACAACCAUUGCUAUUCUGGCGGAGGAGGGUGAUGAUCUGUCUGCCCAAGAGGAGCUUCCAAGGGGCGACCGAAUUUUUGCUUCCCCUGUUGCCAAGAAAUUGGCGUUAGAGCGUGGUAUUCCUCUGGGUAAAGUCAAGGGUACUGGUCCAGAAGGCCGCAUCAUUUUGGCAGACGUUGAGAACUAUAAACUCUCGUCAGACGCGACUGCAGUUUCAUCAUCAACAGUGGUGUCCCAGCCUGGCCAACCGGCUGAAUUCAUCGAUAUUCCGUUAUCCAGCAUGCGCAAGACUAUUGGCGAGCGUCUUACCAAGUCUAAGCAGGAUCUGCCUCACUACUAUGUUACUACCGAUAUCGAUAUGGGACGCACGCUUAAACUGCGGGAGGUCUUCAAUCAGUCCUUUUCUAAGGAAGAGUCGAAGGCGAAACUGAGCGUGAACGACUUCAUUGUAAAGGCCACUGCUUUAGCUCUUCGUGACGUCCCAGAGGUUAAUUCCGCAUGGCUUGAUGACAAGAUUCGACAAUAUCACAGGGCCGAUAUCAGCGUAGCUGUGGCCACUCCAACAGGUCUCAUCACUCCCAUUAUUCGUGAUGCUGGUAGCAAAGGCCUCUCCACCAUAUCCACCGAAACCAAAGCCCUAGCGAAAAAGGCGCGUGAUGGGAAGUUACAACCUAAUGAAUAUCAGGGUGGCUCGUUCACCAUUUCCAAUAUGGGUAUGAUGGGUGUCUCUCACUUCACAGCCAUCAUCAACCCUCCUCAAUCGGCUAUCCUUGCACUUGGCUCCGUUGUGCCAACACUCGUGCCAGUUGAUAAUGAAAAGGGCUUUGGGACCAAACAGAUCAUGAAAGCCACCUUGAGCGCUGAUCAUCGCGUCGUGGAUGGCGCUAUUAAUGCCAAGUUCCUUCAAGCGUUGAAAGGCUAUUUGGAGAACCCCUUAUCCUUUAUGCUUUAAUCUUUGUCCUUUCCUAGGGCGUAGUCAGCUGGUACUUAUGUAUACAGCUAUUACUUCCCAAUUACUCCAAUUUCUAGAGUGAACAGAAUUUCGC